GCAGCGAGGGGUAGCGGCGGAGCUCGCCGCGGGACGCGCCGCUGUGCGCCGGAGCUCCGGAGAGCGUGUGCGCCCGGAGGACAGCACAAUAGCCGGGAGGAGGAGACAGAGGAAGGGGCAGGGGGAUAGGAGGAGAAAGAGAAAGCACAACACGGGGCUGGCGAGGGGAGGACGGAGCGGAAGACUCCUGAGCGUGGCUACGCUGAGGACCGUGCACUGGACUGCAGCGGCAGGAGCCUCCUUCCUGUGUUCUCCACUGACUCCUGUAUGCAAAAUGGUGGACCCUGUGGGGUUUGUGGAGGCUUGGAAAGCACAAUUUGCAGACUCUGAGCCACCUAAAAUGGAGCUGAAAUCUGUGGGAGACAUUGAACAGGAGCUGGAGAUGUGCAAAGCGUCUAUCCGGAGACUGGAGAUGGAAGUCAACAAGGAGAGGUUCCGCAUGAUUUACCUGCAGACUCUUCUGGCAAAGGAGAAAAAAAGCUAUGAUAGGCAGAGAUGGGGUUUUAAACGUGUUUCUCAGUUGCCUGAAGGGGGUGCAGAGCAGCAGAUCCAAGACCUGCAUCAUCACCAGUCUGCUGACCAAGAUGAAUAUGAGAAAAGCAAGUCCCACCAUGGGGAAGAGAAGUUCAAACCCAGGAUACCCUCUCUGCGGAAGCUAUCUACUCAGAGCGAUGGGUCAGACCUGUCGCCUUUGGACAGCCCCCAUCAUGGAGAGGGAGAGCAGGACAGGUGUAAGUACUAUGGUGAAGAAAAACUGAAGAGAGUUGUAGAAGAUAUGGAGAAUCGCUGUGAUACAGAUGGCUCUCCUUCAAAACACAGAUCAGCUUCUACUCGCAGGCUGGUGGGAUCUGCUGAGAAGGAGGGAUCAUUUGAACCUAUUUCCAAGGACAGAGGGAACAGCACCAGCGUGGCAGCCCUAAGGUCCAAUUUUGAAAGGAUUAAAAAGGUCAACUCACAUUCUUCUGGAGAAAACAAGGACAGUGUUGAAAAGCCCUUUUAUGUGAACAUGGAGUAUCAUCAUGAGAAGGGUUUAGUAAAGGUCAAUGACAAAGAUGUUUCCGAUAAAAUAAGUUCCCUUGGUAGCCAAGCAAUGCAAAUGGAACGCAAAAAGUCUUUGCACUCCCUCCCUUCUAACAUGGUACCCAGCUUCAGUGAGUUCCAGAGGCCUGCUUACAGGGGAAGGUCCUCAGAGAGCAGCUUUGGCUAUGAUGGAGAAUAUGAGGAUGCUGAACUGAACCCCAGGUUUCUCAAAGAUAAUCUGAUCAAUGCCAAUGGCAGCAACCGCUCACCUUGGCAGCCUAUGGACUUUCAACCCUAUCAAAGUAUCUAUGUUGGUGGAAUGAUGGGGGAAGGAGAAGGGAAAGGACCUAUUCUGCGAAAUCAGGGCACAACUGACCAGGAAAAACAUCUCACAUGGCCCAGGAGAUCUUACUCCCCCAGGAGUUUUGAAGAUAUUGGAGGAGGAUAUACUCCCGACUGUAGCUCUAAUGAGAACCUUACCUCUAGUGAGGAAGACUUCUCCUCAGGGCAGUCCAGCCAUGUCUCCCCCAGCCCCACCACUUACCGCAUGUAUCGGGAUAAAAGCCGUUCGCCUUCCCAGAACUCUCAGCAGUCCUUUGACAGCAGUAGUCCACCAACCCCCCAGUCUCAAAAACGGCACAGGCAGCAGCAGGUCAUUGUAUCUGAGGCUACUAUUGUGGGCGUACGAAAAACGGGACAGAUCUGGCCAAGUGAUGGAGACUUGCCCUCUGGGAGGUGUCACCAGGACAGCUGCUUCCACGGGGAUACAGAUGCUUCAUUCAGUGGCACACCACCUAGCUAUGCUUAUGAUGCAGACCGUGCUGAAGAACAGAGGCGACAUCAUGAUAUGAUGCCCUAUAUUGAUGACUCACCAUCAUCCUCACCCCAUCUCAGUUCCAAGAGUCGAGGCAGCCGAGACACUCUAUCUUCAGGGUCUCUGGAAUCUACAAAAUCAAGUGAGCCAGAUCUGGAGAAAGGACUAGAGAUGAGAAAAUGGGUCCUGUCAGGAAUCCUGGCCAGUGAGGAAACCUACCUAAGCCAUCUGGAGGCUCUGCUGCUGCCUAUGAAGCCUCUGAAAGCAGCUGCCACCACCUCUCAGCCUGUGCUUACUAGUCAGCAGAUUGAGACAAUAUUCUUCAAAGUGCCUGAGCUCUACGAGAUCCACAAAGAAUUCUACGAUGGGCUCUUUCCCCGAGUGCAGCAGUGGAGUCACCAGCAGCGUGUGGGGGACCUCUUCCAAAAGCUGGCAAGCCAGCUGGGAGUGUACCGGGCCUUUGUGGAUAACUAUGAAGUUGCUAUGGAGACAGCAGAGAAAUGCUGCCAAGCCAAUGCUCAGUUUGCUGAAAUCUCUGAGAAUCUAAAGGCUAGAAGCACAAAGGAAUCUAAAGAUCAGACGACGAAAAAUUCCUUGGAAACUCUAUUAUAUAAACCAGUGGAUCGAGUGACUCGCAGCACACUCGUCCUGCAUGAUUUGCUGAAGCACACUCCAAUGAGCCACCCUGACCAUCCCCUCCUGCAGGAUGCUCUGCGAAUCUCACAGAACUUCCUCUCCAGCAUCAAUGAGGAGAUCACUCCUCGUCGGCAGUCCAUGACUGUGAAGAAGGGGGAGCACCGGCAGCUGCUGAAGGACAGUUUCAUGGUGGAGCUGGUGGAGGGGGCUCGCAAGCUACGGCAUGUCUUUCUUUUCACUGAUCUGUUCCUGUGUGCCAAGCUCAAGAAGCAGAUUGGAGGAAAAAGCCAACAAUAUGACUGCAAAUGGUACAUCCCACUCACUGACCUUAGCUUCCAGAUGGUGGAUGAGUCUGAGGCAGUGCCCAAUAUCCCACUGGUACCUGAUGAGGAGCUGGAUGCCAUGAAGAUCAAGAUAUCCCAGAUCAAGAAUGACAUCCAGCGUGAAAAGAGAGCCAACAAAGGCAGCAAGGUCAUUGAGAGGUUGAAAAAGAAGCUGUCAGAGCAGGAAUCCCUGCUGUUGCUGAUGUCUCCCAACAUGGCCUUUCGGGUGCACAACCGCAAUGGGAAGAGUUACACGUUCCUCAUUUCAUCUGACUAUGAGAGGGCAGAGUGGAGGGAGAACAUCCGGGAGCAGCAGAAGAAAUGCUUUAAAAGCUUCUCACUUACAUCGGUGGAGCUCCAGAUGCUGACUAACUCCUGUGUGAAGCUUCAAACAGUCCACAACAUUCCGCUCACUAUCAAUAAGGAAGAUGAUGAAUCCCCAGGUCUCUAUGGCUUCCUGAAUGUCAUCGUUCACUCGGCCACAGGAUUCAAGCAAAGUUCAAAUCUGUACUGCACCUUGGAGGUGGAUUCCUUUGGCUAUUUCGUGAACAAGGCUAAAACUAGAGUUUACAGAGACACCACAGAACCCAACUGGAAUGAGGAGUUUGAGAUUGAGCUGGAAGGCUCCCAAACUCUGCGGAUUCUGUGCUAUGAGAAGUGCUACAACAAAACCAAGCUCACCAAAGAGGAUGGGGAGAGCACAGACCGCAUAAUGGGGAAAGGACAGAUCCAGCUGGACCCCCAGACAUUGCAGGACAAAGACUGGCAACGCACAGUCAUCUCGAUGAAUGGAGUUGAAGUGAAGCUGUCGGUGAAGUUCACGAGCCGGGAGUUCAGCCUGAAGAGGAUGCCCUCCCGCAAGCAGACCGGCGUGUUCGGGGUCAAGAUCGCCAUUGUCACCAAGAGAGAGCGGUCGAAGGUGCCGUACAUAGUGCGGCAGUGCGUGGAGGAGAUCGAGCGGCGGGGCAUGGAGGAGGUGGGCAUCUACCGCGUCUCGGGCGUCGCCACCGACAUCCAGGCUCUCAAGGCUGCCUUCGACGUCAAUAACAAGGAUGUGUCAGUGAUGAUGAGCGAGAUGGAUGUCAACGCCAUCGCAGGCACUUUGAAGCUGUACUUCCGGGAGCUGCCUGAGCCCCUCUUCACAGAUGAACUGUACCCCAACUUUGCUGAGGGCAUUGCACUUUCAGAUCCUGUUGCAAAGGAAAGCUGUAUGUUGAAUCUAUUGUUAUCACUUCCAGAACCCAACCUUGUGACAUUCCUUUUCCUAUUGGACCAUUUAAAAAGGGUUGCUGAGAGGGAAAGUGUUAACAAGAUGUCCCUGCACAAUCUUGCAACUGUCUUUGGACCAACGCUGCUCAGGCCUUCAGAGAAGGACAGUAAAAUCCCUGCCAACCCCACCCAGCCCAUCACAAUGACUGACAGCUGGUCACUAGAAGUCAUGUCCCAGGUUCAAGUUCUUCUGUACUUCCUGCAGCUAGAGACUAUCCCUACCCCAGACAGCAAGAGGCAGAGCAUUCUCUUUUCCACAGAGGUGUAGGUACCUGUGAUACCAACAGGACACACGAACUGCUCUUGGCAUCAACCUGCCCCACCUGAGAAAAAGACCACUGGUGUUUCUUCAGAUGUGACCGGCCUGUCCCUGGCCUGGGGAGUGGGGGCACUCAGUGCUUCUGCUCUUUGUUGACCAGAGACAAGCUGAAGAGAAAGGAGAAAAAAAUCUCUACUCCUGCGUGGUAGGACCAGAGUGGAACUGGAGAUGGAGCCGUUGGAAUCUCCACUAGAAGGAGCAAUAGACACCUGAACAAAUGCACCACAGAGUGUGGCUCUUACUCUCACUGGGAAUGUGACAGAAGGUAUUCCUCAUUUUAUGGAUUUAAUUUAUCAUAAAGAAACUUCAAUAUUUCUACUGGACCACUUGAUAGGAUGCCCCUUUUUUGGGUGAGGGGGAGUUAAAGGAUGUAUCACAACUGUGUCUUUAAUAACUGCUGUUUUUAACGUACUGUUCUAGGCCACAAAAAUAGCGUUGCUUUGCAAGAGGAGAGGAGAAGGGAAGGGUCUGGGAUCUAAGAUUCCCUCCUCAGAAAUUCAGGUCUCAAUUUGAAUGGGGUUUUCAAUGGAAAUGUAAGUUUUGCCUACAACUAGAACUGUUGGUUUGUUUGGGUUUGUUUUGGGUUCUUUUUUUCUCUCACCUGCCCCUUCCCUUGCAAACGUUGGUAGAACUCUGGGGAAGGAGAUGCCCUGCUCUGGCCUCUGUUGUGCUUCUGAAGGGGUUUUGGGUUCAAGGAGCCUGGCCUAAUGAUAAGUAAACACAGCAAAUAAAUAGGGGCAGGGAGGGUUAGAGCCAGUGAUUCUGUCUGUGAUUCCAUUGUUGGUUUGCAUAUAAAAACAGAGGCAGUAUUAUCCAGACAGGAUUGCUGAAAUCCUUAGACCUCACAAAACUUAGUGAAAAUUAAUUGGGGAGAGCAUUAAUUCCCAACACUCCAAAGAGAAGCUGUUAUCCCUCAUAAAGAAUGGAAGCCUUUGUGGACGAAAUGAAGAGAAAAAACCCCACCAGGCUGGCCACGAGUGGGGCUGGCUGCUCACUCCAAACCUCUGUCAGUCCUUGGGCUUUGGAGGCUUCGUUUGUUGCUGCUACAGGAGUCUUCUGAGAGAUGCGAAUCCUGUGAUGAAGCGUGUCAGUAUGUACUUUCUGGACAAUCCAGCAAGCAGCAGGCAUCGUGUUCUCCAGAAAUCCCAACCCUGUUUUAAGGAAGAGCAGUGCAGAAAUGUCAUGGGACUGCAGGCAGUGGCCUGAGGGUGUGCCAGGGCCCAGAGGGCAGGAGGGUGCUGAGGGUGUGGGGAGGGAGGAACAGGUUCUGAAGGAUGGGAACAGUUGUGGUGUCACCAUCAUUUGAGGGGAAACACGAUAGAGAGAGCAGCCCCCGGUAUGCUGAACUUCACAUUUUCUGAUGGGUGAUCUGCAACCUCUCGAUUAAAAAACCAAACCAAAACAAAGGAGUCUCAAACAAAUGGAAAGAACAAAAAAGGGAAAUGAUUUUGUAGUCACUGUCAUUCUGACUGCUGCAUAAUAUUAGGAAUUAUUGUACUGUGAAGUUGCAAAUUCAAAAAGGAACAAAUAUAAAUUUCAAUUUUGUGAGUAUAUCAAUACUUUGCAUGCUUUGUAAGGAUUCUGAUAGGAGUUCAAUAUUGCUUAGUAUCCCUCCCUCCUUAGGUCUGGGAGCAACCUCUUUGUAAUGUAAUGUACAAUUAGAAAUUCCUUCUCUCUUGUAUGUAUUUUCACUACAUUCCAACUUCUGAACCCGUAACACAGAAGUGGGGUGCCGUGUGGGGAGGGGGCAGGGAAGCAGAGCAACCCCAAGGCUUUAAGACUUGGAUUUGUUUUCUUUAAUUCUAUUUUUGGCCUCUUCAAAGGUAAAAAUUAGUCACAGUCCUGAAAACCGUGGACUUAAAAGUGACACAGACCAGCAGACCACACUCUGGCCUUGUUUUUCUGACUUUAUUGGAGCUGCUGCAGCCCCUUCCCAGCCCAGGGCCCGCGCAGCAGCCUUUGUGCCCAGGGCCCGGAUCAAGGAGCUGAGCAACAGUGUUGAAACUGGAAAGCAAUACCAUAAUGACUGUGCCAAUUUCUGUUUGCCCAACUUUUUGGUUUUUAUUUAUAUAGGAAGUUAAUUUUAAUGUUAAGUUACUGCUCUAGUGUGUAACCAUGAGAAAAUGGCUAUUGCUUUGGUUACUGUUACAGGUUGUUGCUUUUAAAGUCUCUCCUUACAGUGCUGGGUUCUAGUGUAACGUUAUCUAACAUGCAGGCAUGUGGAUCAGGGAAAAAAAUGAAGUUAAUUUAACUUAACCCGUUAAUUAUUUCUGUUAGGUAUGGAUAUGUUUUCCCCAAAGCUGGUAAUUUUGGGCUGGAAAAGUUAGUGCAUCUUAUUGCUGGUGACAAAAUCCUGGGCUGAUCUGAAAGACAAGAAUUGAUUUCUUGAAUUUCCUUUAAUUUUGCAAUUAACUUUUUGUUUUGUUUUGUUUUCAGAAGUUAAGUAUUUCCAGAAGGCUUUUUAUGUUCUUUUCCCAGGGAUGGUGGGUUUGGGUUUUUUUUUUUAUACUUUGUUGUUUUUUUAGUAAGCCUUAUCAUGCUUAAACAAAAAGGGAAUUGCAAAGCUUGGCUUUAGGGAAAGCCUCCUCAUUUCUACUCUUAUAUAUUCCCACACGAGUUGUCAGAAAACCUAACCCUCCUGUUUUCUCUGUCAAAAAGGUACCAAAUAAACAAUGUAAGUGCAAACCAGCAAAAAACUGCCCUUUACAUGUGCACUGAGAGUUUAUGCUCUUUCAGUUUCUAGCGUAUUGGCUUUCAGUCACAGCAAUGUGGAGCGUUAAAACUUCCACCUGAGGAAAUCCAGGCAAUGAGGACAAUCUCUGCUCCCUUCAAGGAGAGGAGUCAGCACCAUUUCCUGGCAUCUAGAAACUCUCCUAAAAUUCUCAUGGAUUUUUUUUUUUCCUAAUACUUGAGUAGGUUUUUCAAGUAAAAUCAAAAGCAGUUAAGUAAAGCAAACUAUGGGACAGGUUGUCCCAUAAGAACAGUUCUAGAUCCCUUUCAGCUUUGUGUUUGCAUGUGCUUGGUUUGGAGGGGGGUGUCUGAUGCCAAACUGAAGCACAGCCCUUAAACUGCUGCUGAGAGGGUUGUUGUUGCAGAGCUGUAAGAGCAGCAGCGCUGCUGCCACCCGCAGAGCAGCACAGGGCAGGGAUGGGGCUGGGCACGGGGCAGGGGAAGGAAGCACAGGGGUGUUCAUGAGCAGGAGAUGCAGCAUUUUUACAGUGUGUUCAUACUACGAUUGUUUAUGUUAGUUUUGGGUGAGUUUGUUUAAACAAAUGUACUGUUCUUUGACACAUACAUGGACCUCCAGACCUGUCUGUCACCUUACAGCACUGGGAGGCAUCACAAUGUGUUCGUUUCUCUUAACGUGCUGUUCUUUCAAGGACCAACGUGGGUUUUAGAAAUGUUUAAAAUCAGACAGCAAAACCCCAGCCCUCUCCAAUUCCUUGCUGGGCAAAUCCUCUUGUUUGUGCUUGGUCAUCUACUGGGAUAACAUCCUCAGAUGUGCCAUUCUUACUGUGGAAAUUUUAGUAAGAAAUGGGAGAUGUUUAAAAAAAACUCCUACUCUUGCUCUUUUUACUUCAGUUCUAGCAGAUGGGGACUUGUAACAGCAGCCCGAUACCUUGGUGCUAGAUUUAAGGGAUUUGCUUCUGUUCCUUGAAGAAGAAAAAUCUGAAAGGGCAAUUCUGAAGUAGAUACAAUCAAAUUCUAGGUGUAGUGAGUAAGCCACUUGGUUAUGCCCUUUUGAAUUUGUAGUCAUGGUAUGUUUUUCUUUGUAAACUUUGCUACCAUUGUCAUAGCACUGUCACUGGAAAAAUAAAUCAGAUUGUGUUCCCUUCCUUCACUGCAGGGUAUGUGCAAGUGAGAAACUGGAGCCUUAACAUGGCAUUAGCAGUUCUCCAUUCUGAACUAGGGUGAUGUGAACAUUUGUAUGUGUUCUAUGAAUUUUGUCAUUGAAUGCAAUUAAAUACAUGGAUUGUCCUUAUAAUCAACAGAAGCUCUAAAGGAAGCACUGACAGUCAGACAUGGUUCUAAGGAAGGAGUAAAAGUAAAAGGGGAGUAAAAGUAACAGAAAUGGAAAAGGGUAAUUAGGAAUUGCUCAGACCACACCCUCUAGAAAGACCUUCCCUUUUCCCAUUAUAGACGUGGCUUAGCCUGAGAUACCUGGGAGCAAAGACUGUCUUGCCAGUAAAGAAUCAAUACAGGAACACCAUGAAUUUUGCUCUGUCAGCUUCCCGGUUCCUGUGUGCUGCAGCUCCUCCUUGCCACUGAAAAGCCACAGGCCACUGCUAAGAAAGCAAAGCUUGUCACUUGCUCUCUGCCCUUUUCCCCGCAGUGGCAUUAGAUAAGGAGGAGCAAUGGAGUCUGUCUGUCAGUGGAGGCGAAACACUGCCCCAAAGGAGCAACUAGCCACCAGAACUGGAAUGUUAGGCAAGUGUUUAAGCUAAAAGUCUGUUUCUGGGCUGCAAGGAUGAAAUGCCACAGCGUGUGACCAUGAUGAAAUGAUUGGAACAGGAGGACCAAAGCAAACCCCAGUGUACAUGUUACCUCAAUUCCCCUCCUUCCAUGACCAUACCACUAGAUUCAGGCCUUCCAGGUCAGACAAAUACAUCAACACUUUUGCCAAGAAUGAGAAAACUAUCAAAUGAGCCAGUUGAUUUUUGUGUUACCAUCUUAGAGUGUAAUUGCUGGAGACCCUUGCAAAAGCAUGCAGGUUAACCACAUGAGUGUUGUCCGUGUCACUUCCUGCUGUGUCAUGUUUUACCUUGCCCUAAGAACAAGUCCCCUUUUCCAACAGAAACAGCUUCACCUCAUUCCUCACAGUAGAAACUGCCACAGCGGGGGGUUCAGGCUGUAGUAGAGCUGUCCCUGGAGAUGGAAAAGAUAUUUCCAGUCUUCUGGUGCAGAAGGGCCCCAGCACUGCCAAUGCUCUGGACUGGCAGGGUCCCAUUGUGUGAGCUGAGUAAGGCUCUGGUUUUUACACCUGUUGAAUCAUAGUCAGGAGUUAAUAUGGUUAGAGAAUCCCCCAGCCUAGCAGAAGCAUUUGCUCUGCUGCUUUGUCUUAAUUGCAGUUGUAUCCAAAUCCUCUUGGAUUGGCAAAAAUGGCCCAUCUGAAGGGAGAAAACUUUCUUUUCCACCAUGGCCUUCGUGUGUGUAACUGCUGCAGCCCCUUUCCCCAGAGGUAAGAUGUGCUGAGGACCCCAGACAUUCCAGAUGCACUGUUUCUCUAGUCUGCAGAACGAUGUGUAGGUGAAGGCCACGUUCUGGCCCACGGCUGAACGGAAGGGCAGGCUCUGUACAAAUCAUCUUCCUGCCUGAAGGAGAAGAUGCAGCUUCCUCAGGUGACCUAGGCCAGGGAUGCCAAUGAGGCGGCAGCCUCGUGCCUUGGGCUGAGUGAGGCUUGGAAGGCAGUUAUGGGGAGAGACUCAUCCAGUUUUUUCUCACUGUGCCUGAGUGACCAAUGCCAGUCUACAGCGAGUAGUUCAGAUUUCCUCCAUUUUAGUCCCAUUUGGGGAGGAAUUGGGACUACACUAGGGACUAUGUAAAUAGUCAAAUUCUUCACAAUAGCCUCAUCUAAUCUCUUCCUUACUGCUUCUCACAGCCCAAGAGAAAUCUUGGUUGGGGCUUCACAGUUACAUACAAAACUGGGCAAGUCCUGGAUAGAACGUGGCCACACAGGGACAGGGGUCUGCAGAGUCGGAUGCCUGUGCUAAAAGGGAUGACCAGGGCAGAAGAAGAGAGGGUAAGGAGUUGUGUUGGGUGACAGAUAACACCACAAAAAAACAGUGAAUUUAAAAUGAUCUCCCAGCAGGACACUGGGAAGGAUUGUCCUUCCUGUGUCUGCCCAGCAAAACAAAGCAGAGCCUUCUGUUGCCCAUGUAAGUUGUGUAGUUUGUUCUUAUCUCUAGUAUUACAAGAGUUUCUAAUCCAUGAAGAAGUCCAAGGAAAAGGAGUUAAGACUAUUUAUUUAAAUAUAAACACAAUUAUAUAAUUAGUGCUAAAUUAUCAGGCAUAGAAGACAGACAACUCGUUACUGUUUGGGUACGUUUGGGUUUCCUCAGUUAACAUUGUUGGCAUUGUUUCCACGCCACCGGGGUGGGGAGGCGGGUUCUGACAUUUGUGCUGCUGUGGCUAAUGCUUCAGCUUCUCACAGCACUCCCAACAGCUUCAUCCUGACAGCUGUUGAAACCUACUGCUCAGUUUAGGCCCAAAGAGAGGG